UCUAAUAAAAAGUAUGGCUGGAAGGGUACCGAGACUGUUGCCUCUGUGGAAGCGAGCUAUACCGAAGUAUCCUCUUUAUCUUGAAGGUCGACCACAAAAUCGUGUGUUUCUAUGUCAAUUCUGGAUGAAAUUGAUCCCGGAUAGAACAUUUGAGCUACCAAAUGACAGAGUUCAUUUUGAGAUACAUCCUCAAAUGAGUAUAUUGGAUGUUAAACAAUACCUGGAAAAGAUUUAUAAUGUAGAUGUAUUGAAAGUGAGAACAUAUCGCAAAUCAGGAUACGUCUUUAAAGAGGAUUCAAUAGAAAUGGAACAACAACAGAAAGGCAGGAUACCUCCAGUAAAAGUUGCUUGUGUUCAAUUGGGAGGAGAACAUAGGUUUACAUUUCCAGACUUGUUUUCAAAAAAAUCAAUGGGAGAGCAAGAUAACAAUAUGAAGGAUCUUAACGAGAAACUGGAUUUAGCAAAGAACUGGGAACGACCAAGUUUACCGCCCUGGUUCUCUUAGCUAGAAACGUGCUUACAAUAAUAUGAAUAUUGAAUUUAUACAUUUUGAAUGACUUUGAUAAUUUUAUUUGCAUGGAGAAUAAAUAUGUUUUCGAAGAAUUUA